AUGGACAGAAAGACCCACGAGGUGCUCAAGUUCCUGAUCGAUUGGAACAACCUGCUGGUCGACCCACCAGUCGAAGGAGCCAUCUCGGAAAUGUACUUCUGCUUUAUAGCCUCCUGCCAAGUAAAGGGAAAGGAUAAGGUGUCGUGGUUGCAGUUUGUCAAGUGUUUGCAAAACAUCGACGAGAUCUGUAUCUGUCACGCGUUCACGUGCUAUCCCUCCAACGCACUCAGCUUGACAUACGAGGACCCGUUCAAGUGUUUUAGCAGAAUCACAAGCAUCGAUAGACUCGCCUUAAAUCUUGUUUAUAAGCGGGUUAAAAUCACCAUGGACCCUGUUUCUGGUGAAGAAUCUCCAAAAACACCUAGCAGUCCGCUUCCGGGAGCACAAACAGCCAUCUACCAUAAACCUAUCCCAAAGGAUAAGGAGGAGAAACUGGACUUGUUGCUGGAACUGGCAGAAUCCCGCAGAGCCAAGCCGAAAAGAUCGAUCAACGAUUUGUGUGCUGGUCUCACACCGACCGAUCUCGAGGACAUUUACACAACAACGUCCAAGGCAAAAAGACUGCGUCAGCUGAACCUUCUGCUUGCCACACAUGCUGGGUCUCACAUUCUCACCAAAGAACGGGCCAAACUCAGAACCAUUAUCAAGCCGUUUUACGACUGUUGUGACGACCCAAAACAUACCCAGAUGCUUAUAUCGCUGGUGUCCUUCGAUAGACAGACCAACUACUGUAAGCUUGACCAACACAAGCUGAAUGACCGGCUGAAUAUGGGGUACGGGAACGACAACGAUAUAUCCAAGUGCGUGAACCAAAAAAUCCACUUCAUCCCCAUCAUCCAGUCUCAGACAGACACCAAGCUAGGAGACUGCUCGUACCUAGACACAUGCCACAAGAUGUCGUCUUGUAGGUAUGUUCACUACGGCCAGCUAAUGCCGCUGGACGAUGUGUCUGCGAAAAAAGCGACCCAGCACAAUAAGAGUAUCCAGAAAGCGAUGCAGGUGAGCGACUUCACUCGCGGCGAGUCGAUGUCGCCGGCAUCGAGGCCUGAACUGCCAGCACAGUGGAUCAAUUGCGAUGUUACCAAGCUGGACUUUAGCAUCCUGGGCAACGACUUUGCUCUGAUUAUUGCGGACCCGAGCUGGACAAUCCACAUGAACCUCAACUAUUCCAGCCUGACAGACUCAGAUCUAUUGCAAAUUCGCAUGGACAAAUUACAAAAGGAAGGACUGUUCCUGCUGUGGGUGACUGGACGGACCAUUGAGACUGGACGGGACUUUCUGAAGAAAUGGGGGUACAAGGUGGUGAACCAGAUCACCUGGGUGAAGACGAACCAGCUUGUUCGGACGAUCAGCACGGGCAGGACGGGCCAUUGGCUGAAUCAUUCGAAGGAGCAUCUCUUGGUUGGUCUGAAGGGCAACCCCAAAUGGCUGAAUAAGUGUAUCGAUCCACAGAUCCUUAUUUCCUCCACGAGGGAGACGUCCAGGAAGCCAGACGAGAUAUACGGGAUGGUGGAGCGGAUGGUUGGCCCUGGCACCCGCAAGUUGGAGAUCUUCGGAAGACAGCACAACACGCGUCCCGGAUGGCUAACGAUUGGAAACCAGUUAAACGGGACUCAUCUUGUUGAGAAAGAAAUUGCUGAGAGAUACUAUAAGGUUGCAAGUGUGUAG